AUGGGAAAGGGAUUCCAUAACACAAUUGGACAAAGCAUCCAGUUGAGCGAUUCGGAUAAUGAUAACGAAAUGCAAGAAGCUACAACAGCACCCGAUGCAAACACCGAUGACGACUUCGAAACACCGCUUCCGGUACCAUUCGCGGAAGAUAAACACCAUACACCAGCUGAAACAACACACCGUGUCACAGCCGACGACGACGACUUCGUGACACAACCACCAACUACAAAUCAAUCAGCUGCCAAUUCACAGCCGGUCCGCGACAAUGUUGACCACCAACAACCAUGCGAUGGAAAAAGACGUAAGUCAACAGCGAGUAGGAGGAAGUCGACGAGACCACCAGCGUCAUUUCCAUCGAAAAAAUAUGAGCCCUUUACCGGGCCAAAAAUUAAACUAAGGACGUCUCCGGAUAAUCUUGUUAUAUUGGUCAACAGCUUGAAUAAACCACAAAAAAAGAAGGUCAUAGAAAUGGGAUUCGGUACAUUGCUGAAUUUCAACAUCCAUCAUGUACCGACGCGGCUAGCAUAUUGGCUGGCAAGCAACUAUGACGACGCUGCAGGAGUGUUGAACUUUGGAGAAACCCGUUUACGGAUCACAUCAAAUUUGGUGAAUACAAUAUUCGAAAUACCAAACGGGGGUAUAAAGAUUGUAGAAAAAGAAAGAGCGAGGGACAGCAAUCCGGUUGUGAAAGAAUGGAGGGAUCAGUUCAAUGAUAACACUAAGGUGUCGCCACUCGGGCUGAAGGACAUGAUGGUUACAGACACUUCAAGUGACCGGGCAUUUGAAUUGAACUGGUUGGUGUUGUAUAAUACUAUACUUGGGGAGAUAAGCGCAAGCAACACAGUUAACCAGAUUUGUCGCAAUCCAUGACGUUUUCCUACUCAAUAUCUUUUCACUAUUGGGGUACAAACGUAAAGCUUCCCUCAUUGUAAUUUUUAUCUUCUCAACGCAAUCUUCAAAUUCCUUAAGUGCAUCAUCCAGAUUUGUCGCCAUAUCCUGCUAACCAAAUUAUAAAGUGUUAUCCAAAACGUUGUCAGAUGUAUAUAAUUAUAAAUAGGUCUGAUAUUAUACCAAACGUUAAAAAGGUUAUCAAGUCAUGUACCUCUUCACUAUAUUUUUCUUCUUGUGAGUAGACGGGCGACGUCCCAUACUGUGAUACCAUUGGGAUCCAAAACUCGCCGUCUGCCCCAACUUGGCAUACAAAUGGCAGCUCCUGUAUACUUGGCUGUGACAACAGAUAAUUUUUGCAAUGUUUGUAUAUUCCCAGAUGGUCGUC